AUGUUAGAGCAAUUAAGUAAUCCACUCCACUAUUUAAGUACCUCAGAUGAUCGUACUAAAUUACAUUUAGAUAGAGUUAAAGAGUGGAGUGAUGAAUGGCUAGUUCAGCAGCAAAUUACAGAUAAGAUAGCUAACUGGGUUGUUAAUUUGGAACCCAAAGCUGGAGUAGCAUUUGGGAAUGUUAAAACACAUAAAAACAACAACCCUCUUAGACUUAUCACAUCUUGCUGCGGGACUGCCAUAGAAAGGCUCUCGAUCGGCAUUUACAGAAUUCUACCUUAAACCAUUAGCCCAGAAAUUACCUGCUUUUAUUAAGGACACGACGCAUUUAAUCAAUGAAAUAGAUAAGCUAAAUAAGAAGGGUCCUUCGCCACCUGACACGUUAUUAGUAUCAUGGGAUGUCGUAGCCAUGUUCCCCAACAUCGAUAAUAAUUUAGGUUUAACUGCAGUCAAGAAAGCGUUAGAUUCGAGAGAAAAUAAAUUUCCCUCAACUAAAUGUAUUGUUGAAGCAGUUGAAAUUUGCUUAGCAUGUAAUAACUGCCAGUUUGGGGAAAUGAAUUUUCUACAGAAACAUGGUACAGCUAUGGGUCCUAAGAAUGCAUGUAGUUAUGCGGAUAUAGCUAUGGGGGGAAAUAGAUAG